AAUGCGAAAUAAAUAUGAGUGACUGCGGAAAGGCAAGCUCCUCUUGUGGGCUUAGCAGAAUGGAGCUCAAUGAUCAGAAGGCCGGAAUGGAAGGCUUGGAUAAAGAAAAGAUCAACCAGAUUAUUCUCGAAGCGUCAAAGGGUUCAAAAUUUUACGAGAACGAAAGAAAGAAAGAAAAGCAGACAGAAGAGAGAAUAAAGAGCUUGAAAGAGAGAUUGAGUAUGCUGACAGAUGGAGACAAGAAACGAACAUUGAAAGAAGUGGACAAAAUGAUUGAAGAGAUGGAAGAGAUGAGAGAUAUGAGCAGUACAAUUGUUCAUGUCGAUAUGGACAUGUUCUAUGCUGCUGUCGAGAUGAGGAACAAUCCUUCACUGAGGGACAAACCAGUAGCUGUUGGAGGAAACUCGAUGCUGUCUACUUCCAACUACAUUGCUCGUCGCUAUGGAGUUCGUGCUGCAAUGCCAGGUUUUAUUGGCAAGAAACUUUGUCCAAGCCUUGUAAUAGUCAAACCAAACUAUGAGGAGUAUCGCCGCGUUAGUCGUCAAGUACAAGACAUCAUUGCAGAAUACGAUCCCAAAUUCUCAGCAGCAAGCUUAGACGAAGCUUAUCUUGACCUCACAGACUAUCUGGAAGAGAGACAGAAGGGAUGUCAUCACCACAGACACAAAGUUUGUUUUAAAAAUUUACACUGUCGUGUUGCAAGCACAAACCAUAACGAUGCAGUGAAGACAGAAGAGUGUGACAACCCAGACGUUACAAAUAAUGUAGAAAUUGAUCAUCAUCUGGCAACAGCUUCAACUGAAGCAAGUUGUUACGACGAGAUCUUAGAACAUGAAGGACAAAUGGAAUGUUAUGAGUCGCCUUGCAAUUCUGCUUUGUUUAAGAAGCAUCCUGACAGCUUUUUUAUCGACGAAGAAUCAGAGUGUCUUGAUUUCAUGUUCAAUGAUGAAACUGAAAAUGCUGUAGCAAGCAAUACUGAAGAAACCGGUGAUAAUCAAGAAACGGUAGAGCUUGCCACUGGUAUUCAAUUUGAACCCAAAAAUAAACAUGUAGAGGGCAUGAAGUUAGACUGUAAACGUGGGAUGAAAGAGAGUCAAUUUGGUGAAUAUAGGAAUUAUCAAUUUGGAGAUUCAGCUGUAGAGGUUGUUGAAGAGAUUAGGUGGAGGAUAUUUGAGAAAACGAGGCUUACUGCCAGUGCUGGUAUAGCAUGCAACACAAUGCUUGCAAAGGUAUGUUCGGAUCAAAACAAGCCAAAUGGGCAGUUCUACUUGAGACCAGACAGAGACGAAGUAAUCGCAUUUGUGAGGAAUCUUCCUGUUCGCAAGAUCGUUGGUGUGGGUAAAGUGACCGGUCAAAUACUGAACUCAAUAGGCAUUGUCACGUGUCAAGACUUAUACGAUCAUCGGGAUAUUUUGCAUCUCUUGUUUUCGUCUACAUCAUUUCAAUUUUUUAUGCACAUCACUCUUGGACUUGGUUCAUCAUCAGUUGACAGUGGCAGUUAUGAUCGUAAAAGUAUGAGUGUUGAAAGUUGCAAAUGCAGAACUUUUUCUGAAAUCAGCCGACCAUCUGAAUUGUAUGAGAAGUGUCAGGAGUUGUCAUAUGAUCUGGCAAAUGAUCUGCAGGAUAGAGGACUAAAGGGUCACACAGUUACAAUAAAACUGAAACUUGUUUCAUUUGAAGUUUGUCAAAGAGCUGCCUCUCUGCCUAAAGCCAUCAACGAUCCUGAAGAAAUAUUUGAGGCUGCAGUUUCAUCUCUUAGGACAGAAAUAAAAGCUUGUCAUCCCGAACCACUGAGAUUACGACUGAUGGGUGUGAGGAUGUCUAACUUUGAACAUCUUGAGAAGGGUCAGAAGACCAUUACAAGUUUGAUUAAACAUAAGCAGGAAUAUGAUGAACAGAAGAAAGAUGAGACAUCUUGCUUUGUCUGUCCUGUUUGCUUGAAGCCUCAAGAUUUUCCAGUCUCCAAUCUUGCAUCAGUGAACAGUCAUGUUGAUCUGUGCCUGUCUGGUGAAUCAGCAGCUGGACAAGAAAUGAAGAAGCAGACCAAGAGAAAGAACAGCAAGAUAUUGGAGAGUUCAAAAAAGAAAUCAACACUCUUUUCCUAUUGGAAAUGAUUGCACAAUUCUUACUAGUCAAGGCAAAUGCACAUCUUGUGUUUCAACAUGGCACACAAAGACACAAGAGGACUGAAGACGCAUUGCUCAGGUGAUGACAAGUGACACUUGGGUGUGGAUGAAUUUUGAUAUUACAAUACUGUAUAUUUGUUGUGCAAGGAUUUCUACUUUUUUUUUUGCAUUAAGAAAUUGCAUUUCAAGUGAACUACUUAAAACUGGGUGUAGGUUUCUAGUAUGGAUGUGACACAAACAAAUAUUACUUUUUUUAUAGUUAGCUGAUUUGAGUAUGAUUUAAUUUGUCGGUGCUUGAUGUCAAUUUGUGUUGAGUAUGAUUGCAGAGGUAACUGCAGCACUGCUAUUAUGUACUAUAGGAAAUUGAGUAUAAAGACAGGAUUACAAGAUUUGGUAUUAAAACUUUAGAAAACUGAAUACGCAGAAUACAUGUCAUGUCACCAUUCAUGAUAAAGUUGAC